AUGUCUGCUGACGGCGCUGAUGCAGCUGCGCCAAACCUCAACCUAACUCCCGAUGAGAAACGCCUUUAUGGCCAGCUCUUUCGCCAGGCCGACUCAGACAGUGUUGGUGUCGUGACCGGCGAAACCGCAGUCAAGUUCUUUGAGAAGACCCGUCUCGAUUCGAGAAUACUAGGAGAAAUAUGGCAGAUCGCAGAUAAGGAGAACCGGGGGUUCCUUACUCCUGCUGGAUUCGGCAUCGUUUUGCGACUCAUUGGACAUGCACAAGCUGGACGGGAGCCAACGCCUGAGCUGGCUCUUCAACAAGGCCCGCUGCCACGAUUCGACGGCAUCACUCCUGCAGGCCCUCUCUCAUCCCCCACGCCUCCGCCCCCCGCCGCUCUCCAGGCCCAAGGCACUGGCGGAGGCCCAAUCCGAAUCCCUCCUCUCACACCUGAGAAAGUGAACCAGUAUGCCGGCUUGUUCGAGCGCCAGGCACUUCAGGCUGGCAAUCUUCUCCCUGGAGACCAGGCAAAGUCUAUCUUCGAGAAGUCGGGUUUGCCAAACGAGGUAUUAGGUAGAAUCUGGCAAUUGGCUGAUACUGAGCAGCGGGGAGCUUUAGUCUUGACGGAAUUCGUCAUUGCUAUGCACCUGCUCACGUCCAUGAAGACUGGUGCCCUCAGGGGCCUUCCGAAUAUCCUUCCAGCCGCCCUCUAUGAGGCCGCGACACGUCGCGGGCCUACGGCGCCUCGACAGUCUCCCACAAGCACCGGACCGAUCUCUGCCAUUCCAAGACAGCUGAGUGGAUCAGCCCAAUUCCGUGCAGGCAGUCCUCUCGGGCGCCCUCCCAUCACUGCGCAGACAACUGGCACACCUGCAAACGACUGGCUCAUUACUCCCGCCGAUAAGGUUCGGUUCGAUGCACUCUAUGAUGACUUGGACAAGUCUCGGAAGGGCUUCAUUACUGGCGAGGAAGCUGUCCCCUUCCUGAGUCAGUCCAACCUCCCUGAAGAUGCUUUGGCACAAAUCUGGGAUCUCUCCGACAUCAACUCAGAGGGUCGUCUGAAUCGCGACACCUUUGCGGUUGCAAUGUACCUCAUCCGGCAGCAGAGAAGCAGACGGGAUGGUUCUACCACUCUCCCCACGUCGCUCCCUCCUAACCUAAUCCCACCCAGCUUCCGGUCCCAGACACGGCCUACUACCUCCGGUUCACCUUUUGACGCUCCGCCCCAGCCCCAGCCUCAACCCCCGCCUGUUUCUGCUCCCGCUCCCGCUCCUACGUCUGCUCUCGACGACUUGUUUGGCCUUGAUACCCCACCUGCCCCUGCCCCUGCGCAGGUUGCUCUAUCCACCGGUGGCUCGACAGCAAACGAUCCCUUCGGGUCUGGCUCGGCUGUCUUGGCUCCUUCUUCCCCUAUCCGACCCUCACCUACCGGAACUCAGUUCAAGCCCUUUGUACCGUCCUCUUCUUUUGGUCGUGGUCUCACAGCUCAGCCCACGGGAGAUUCGAACUCCGGCAAGCCUCCUGCUAUCGCUGCUUCUGAAGACCUUCUUGGAGAUGGUGAUCCUGAAGUCAGCAAGAAGCUAACCAACGAGACUGCGGAGUUAGCAAAUCUAUCCAACCAAAUCGGAUCGCUGUCUAAGCAGAUGCAGGAGGUCCAGGGUCAGCGUACGACUACACAAAACGACCUCAACCAGGCCAACUCGCAAAAGAAGAACUUCGAGCAGAGACUAGCGCAGCUCCGUACAAUGUACGAAAAGGAAGCCAAAGACGUGGAAGCUUUGCAAGUGCAGCUCAAUACAUCGAGAAAUGAAACCAAGAAACUUCAGGCCGAGUGUAUGACUCUGGACGGCGCCUAUAGAGACCUGCAGACUCAGCACCAGCAGAUUCAGGCUGCACUACAGGCUGAUCAGCAGGAAAACGCAAGCCUGAAGGAAAAGAUCCGUACUGUGAAUGCUGAGAUCGCUCAGCUUAAGCCUCAAAUUGAAAAGCUCAAGUCCGAGGCUCGUCAGCAGAAGGGACUCGUUGCCAUAAACAAGAAGCAAUUAGCAACAAAUGAGGGUGAGCGCGACAAACUUCAAUCCGAAAUAACAGAUCUGUCCAAGGGCAACGAAGAUGUGUCUAGACAAGCAAAUGCCAGCUCCCCCGUGGCAACAUCAGCCCAAGUUGCAAGCCCAGCACCGUCGACUGCCAGCGGGAACAACCCAUUCUUCCGUAGAACGGGAAGCACCGAUAUCAUGGGCACCUUCACUUCGCCUCCGCCUGCUAAACCUUUCGGUGGUGACAAGUCUUUUGACGAUGUCUUCGGGCCCGCGUUCCCUCCUCCCGUAUCAACCAGCACCCCACCACCCCCUACAUCUUUCAAGCAACAGCACACCGGUGCAUCGACUACUAGCUUGGGCUCCUUGCCAGCUCAUCCUGCUCCCACCUCGCCCACUGCCAGCCACCAAAGCAGCCUUGCAAAUCAAUCUCCUGCUCCGCCAGAAUUGAGACAAAUCAGCUCGAGCUUCUUACCAUUCGCUGAUGCUGCCGAAUCUCUCAGCUCUUCCCGGGCUGUGUCUCCUCCUGCUUCUCGUGCUGAGGGACCCAGUGAAGCUCCUUCUGCGAGCUCACUGCCUGGCGCCUUCCCCGUCGAACCCACAGCAACUGGACAGAGUGCCACGUCGACCUCUACCAGUAACACAGAGCCUGCAACCCAGGCUGAUGUGAAGCCGUCGAGCGACGAAGCUGCGGCAGCACCCGAACACGCUUCCACAGUGCCGGCAGACACGGCAGGUUCUGACCCUUUCGCAGCCAUGGACCAGAACAAGGCUAAGGCUGAUUUUGACAAUGCUUUUGCAAGCUUUACGAGCGCGCACAAGAGCUCGGACAAAUCUGCUGCUGACGGAAACAAAGCCUUCUCGGCGUUUGACUCUGAAUUUCCUCCCAUUUCCGAGCUUGACCGCGAAGAAGACGAUUCCGACAGCGCGAGCGAGCGUGGCGGCUUUGAUGACGACUUUGCCCCAUCGUCCCCUCAAGCGAAGAAGAUGGAGGCCCCUACAAGUGCCACGUCUCCUCCACCUGUGACUGCAGCCGUGGCGCUUGCUCCUGCCGAUGAAGCCUCUGCGACUACCGUACCAGCCUCUGGGCCUUCGCUCGCCCCUGCUGCCUCCGUUACGGCUACGGAGACUCUGACGAGCUCGGAAGCUCGGGCUACACAGCCAUCGGCACCUAAGACUCGUUCCUCUUUCGAUGACCUUGAAGAUGAUUUCGAAGGCCUCGAAGAUGCGAAGGAGGGCUCUGCCGACGACGACUUCCAGACAAUUUCUAGGUCUGGGCUUGAUGAUUUCAAUCCUGUUUUUGACAGCAGCCCCCCUCCAAGUCAAGCCAAGACUGAAUCCACAGCUUUUGGACACGAGAGCAGUUACGAUUUUGGAACUGUGUCGCCUAAUCCUGCCCCUAGCAGUAACAGCGGCGCCGCGGCAAAAGAAUCAGCAGCGCCCGAUGCACAGGACUGGGAUGCUAUUUUCGCCACCCUUGACUCGCCGAGCACUGCCAAUGCAGACAAAGCCGCGGCGGAAACCCCUGUUGCAGCCCAAGAAUCCCGACCUACCCCGGGUCGGGCUCUAACGCAGGGGGGAGAGCACGAUGAUCCAAUCUUGAAGAACCUUACUAGUAUGGGCUACUCUAGGGAGGACUCUCUGCUUGCAUUGGAGAAGUAUGAUUACAACCUGGAGAGGGCUGCCAAUUAUCUCGCAAGCCAAUCCUAA